AUGCAGGGGGACCCUCUAAACGGGGGGCCCCUCCGUCAUAGACAGGCUACAGCACCAAGGCAGGGGGCCCCUCGCAAGUUCUUUAGGGGGGCCCCUUGUUUUUCAUACAACAGGGGGGCCCCUGAGUUUGCCUUUAUCGUAGGGGCCCCCCGUGCACCUUUAAGUGCCCCCUUCCCAGCAGCAGCAAGGGGCCCCCAACUGUCUCCUCGUGGCCCCCAGCAGCAGCAAUGGGACCUUCAUGGUGUCUCCGAUGCCAGCUCAUCGACUGCAGCACGCGCAGAAGCAGGAGGGGCUGCAGCAGGAGAAGAAGUAGCAGGAGGAGCUGCAGCAGACCCACCAGCAGAAGCAGCAGCAGCAGAAGCAGCAGCAGCAGCAGCAGCAGAAGAAGAACAGAGGGAGAUAGCUAUAAGCCUAGCUCGUGUGGCAUCAGCUACUGCAUUAGCAGAAGCAACAGCAAAAGAGCGGGAAGCAGCAGCAGCUGCUGUAGUAUCAGCAGCAGCAGCAGCAGCAGAAGCAGCAGGGACACAACGCCCUUCUCCUAUGCAAGCAGAUCUACCAGGAGACAGUCUCCUUAGGAGACAGUACCCUUCCUUUGAGGACCCCGCUACUAAGUUACCACCAAGGGGCCUCGGGGCCCUCCCGCAAGACCCUUAUAUGGGUACCUCCUUGGGGGGCCCCCCUAUAAGUGCAUCACCAGGAGGAGUAGGUGGGGGUGCAGUAGCCGAGUUGGGGGGCCCCGAUGCUGGUAUAGCUGCUCUAGGUAGGGGGGCCCCUAUAAGGGAUGCAUUAGGCACCAAUGCAGCAGCAGCAGAAGCAGCAGCAGAAGAAGAAAGAAAAUUUGUUGAGGCAAGAUGGAUGCAGAGACUAGCGGAGACACAUAAGUUAAUGGAGAAACAUAAGGAGACACAGAGACAGCAACAAGAAAAAAGAUUACUUGCUAUGCCUCUUCCUCCUUGGGUAUAUUCAGUAGAUAAAAUAGAGAUAAAUGCCCCUUCUCCUCUUUAUUAUGAUUAUACAACUUAUAGGCCUUAUCUAUAUAAAUACGCAGAGGAUACUAAAGGUCAAGUUAGCUGCAGCGAGGUUCAGCUGAAUGCAUCUACUGGUGUAUUAGAGGAGACACCUAUUCCUGCUGACCGCACUAGCAGCAGCAGCAGCGAGGAGGAGGAGCAGCAGCAGCGUGAUGUAACUGCCCUCAAGAUUGAGCAUCUUGAUUCUUAUGAUGACGCCCCUACUAUACCUCCUCCUCCUCCUAGCGAAAUACCUCUAGCCUUCUUAGAGGAGCACAUACAGCAGGAGCAGCAGCUGCAGCAGCAGCAGCAGCAACAGCAGCAGCAGCAGCAGCAGCAGCAGAAUGCAAACAAUGACGGAUCUCCGCAGCAUGAGAUUACUAAAGAGGAGAAAGAAGAACAAGAAAAGAAGAAGGAGGAAUUACGACAAAAAUUACUGCAGCAGCAGCAGCAGCAACACCUAAAAGAGGACGAGGAGGAGGAAGAGGAAGAAGAAGAAGAGGAAGAAGAAUUAGUACUAUGUGACCCCUCAAAAACAACAGCAGCAGGAGCAGCAACAGCAACAGCAGCAGCAGCAGCAGCAGCAGCAGCAGCAGCACCUAAGGGUACAUUUGAGAAUCCAUGGGUAGGAUCUUUAUCAGUAAAAGGACCUAUAGCAGCAGUAGCAGGAGAUAUAAUAUUACCUAAAGAAUUAGAGAUAAUAAAUAAGACAGCAGCCACAGCAGAGGGAGACAUGUAUGUAUACAACAAAAGGAUAAAAACAGCAACAGCAUCAAGGGACAACAACAAACAACAGAUAACAAUGCAGCAACAACAACAGCAGACUCUACAGCAGCAACAGCAGCAACAGCAGCAGGAGAAGGAGGACGAGAAGAAGAGGAAGAAAGAAGAGUUCGCGGAUCCAGAUAUGUACCAAGAUAAACAUAGGUAUACGGGUGUACCAUGGAACCCUUAUAAGGAUUCCCUUGCUCGUACAAUUGAUCGUCAUAAGAAUUUCUUUAGGAAAGAUAUGUUAAGACAAUAUAGUCCUGUUAAGGAACAACUUCUUUAUAGGAGAGAACUCUAUGGAGACACCCCACAAGCUCAACAGCAGACCACUGGACCACUUGCACAACAGACCACUGGACCACCAGCACAGCAGCAAACCCCUGGAGUAUCCGCUUCUUCAGGUACCCCUGGGGCCCCCUCAUCUUCUUUGGGUACCACGGGAACCUCCUUCUUACGUCCCUAUGGGGCCCCCUCCUCUCCAGGCGUCCCUAGGGCCCCUCCCGCUUCCGGUACCGCUGGGGCUCCCUCAUCCUUGGUACCCCCUGGGGCCCCCCCAUCGUUGGGGCCCCCUGUACCUGGUGAUGUUAUGGCAACUACUGCAGAGGAGCAGCAACGUUUAUUAGAUGAAGAAGAAUUAGAGGAUGAAUUAGUCCAACGUAGCCCAAUGAUAAGACAAGAGAGAGAAAGGGAGUACCAAGCAACAAUAAAAUUAAAAGAAGAUAUAGAAGAAGGGAAGAAAAUACAAGAAAGAGGAGACGGAGAAGGAAUGCCUAAAUUCCCUUAUAAGCAUGGAGGUAUGGAGAUGCCCCCUGAUUGGGUAUUUGAUGAUUUUAUUGCACAAAGAGUACCUAUUGGAUUACCAACUGCAUUCUCUGAUGAUUAA